GCAGGGGGAAGACUGUUCAUUCUCCAUUUGGGAAAAUCGCAGAGUGCUCGACGGGAGCUGGAUUUGGGAGGACGGAGCGGGAGAUCGAUCGACGGAGCAUCCAUCCAUCCAUCCAUCCAUGGCCAAGAAGGCUGGUGCGGAGAGGGCUGCGGCGGCGGAGAGCUGCGCCCGAAAGAAGGCUAGGGUCGAGUCCGAGGCCAGGGCUGCUGCGUCGAAGAUCACCGUCAACUUAGACCACAAGUUGCUGGAGUGCUCCGCGUGCUGCAGCCCCUUGGCUCCACCCCUUUUCCAGUGCACAAAUGGCCACAUCGCAUGCUCAGAGUGCCGCACCAAUGCGGAGUACAGUUGCAGCUUGUGUGCCGAGCCGGCCAACACCCGCUGCGACAUCAUGGAGCGCGUACUUGGCGGCAUGACAGCGCCAUGCUCGUUCCGGGAGUUCUGCUGCUCCGCAACGAUCCCGUUCACGAAGAAGCUGACCCAUGAAGAGUCCUGCCUCCAUGCCCCGUGCCACUGCCCCAUCCCCUACUGCCGCCUCUAUGCCAACAGUGGCCGGUCCCUGUGUGAGCACAUCGAGACGAAGCACUGCUUGGUCCCUUACGGCGAUGCCACAGCCGGCAGCCUUUCCCCCGUAACGCUGUCCGACAAUGAGCCGGUGCGCCUGGUGUUCCUGGAUGCCAGGGCGAUGUUCCUGCUGGUGGUCGAGCGGUGCGUGCCGUCAGGGCGUGCCGUGUCGGUGGUCCAGCUCGUCAGCGAGCCGGUCAAGGAGGAGGAGGAGAAGGAUUUCAAGUACAAGAUCCAGGUGCAUACGCGAGCAGGCGUCCUCUCUCUGCCCGGCGAGACGCAGAGCGUCGGGCGUCAACCUGGCAAUGGUUAACCGUUCCCCGUGUCCCCGCGGGUAAUUAAUCUAUCAGGGGACGGGGAUAUACCAAUAUUAAUAUCCACGGGGAAGCAUUUGGGUGAAAUACCUUACCCAGUGGGUAAAUGGGGAUGGGGACGGCAUGACAUUACCCAUACCCGAUACCCGGCUUACCCGUAACCUAUUAACACUACCCAUUAUGUGGCUGAAAACUAGACAUUUGAGACUUGUUAAGGUGCUGAAAUGUUGUUCUUUUAGAUGAAAUGUUGUUGUUUUAG